GCUCGCGGCCGCGCCAGGGAGCGGGACGCAGGCGGUUGCGGAGGCGGCGGCCGAGGAAGGGACCGGAGCGGGGGCGGGCGAGCGCGGCGGAAGCCACAGAGCGCGGGAGGGCCGGUGGCUGGCUCCGGGCGAGAGCCGGGGCGGCAGCGACAGCUAUCGCGGCGAGCGAGUCACAGGCGGCGGGCGGCAGCGGCGGCCACGGGGGCCCGUGUCCGUGCGUCCCGGCGGCCACCGGGCGCGGGCCGACACGAUGGAGCCGCAGCACGUGCGCCCCGCGGUCGCAGCCCGCAGCCCGGCUUGGGAGGAACCGGAACCGGAGAGGAUGGCCGGAGCGGGCAGCCAGCACCACCCUCCGGGAGUCGCGGGAGGAGCGGCUGCUGGGGCCGGCACCGUUUCCCCCACCGCUGCGGGACCGGGAGAAGAUUCUUCCGACAGUGAAGCUGAGCAGGAGGGACCCCAGAAGCUGAUCCGCAAAGUAUCCACCUCUGGACAGAUCCGGACCAAGACCAGUAUUAAAGAAGGACAGCUGCUGAAGCAAACCAGCUCUUUCCAAAGGUGGAAAAAGAGAUACUUCAAGCUUCGAGGCCGUACACUUUAUUAUGCAAAAGACUCAAAGUCCUUGAUAUUCGAUGAAGUUGACCUCUCAGAUGCCAGUGUCGCUGAAGCAAGCACAAAAAAUGCCAACAACAGCUUCACGAUAAUCACUCCGUUCAGAAGGCUGAUGCUAUGUGCUGAAAACAGGAAGGAGAUGGAAGACUGGAUCAGCUCUCUGAAGUCAGUGCAGAGCCGAGAACCGUAUGAGGUGGCCCAGUUUAAUGUGGAACAUUUCUCAGGGAUGCAUAACUGGUAUGCCUGCUCCCAUGCCCGGCCCACCUUCUGCAACGUGUGCAGGGAGAGCCUCUCCGGAGUGACCUCCCACGGCCUGUCCUGCGAAGUGUGUAAGUUCAAGGCUCACAAAAGAUGUGCGGUGAGGGCAACUAAUAACUGCAAAUGGACUACGCUGGCCUCCAUCGGGAAGGACAUCAUCGAGGAUGAGGACGGUGUCGCUAUGCCUCACCAAUGGCUUGAAGGCAACUUGCCUGUGAGUGCCAAGUGUGCAGUCUGUGACAAAACCUGCGGCAGCGUCCUCCGCCUGCAAGAUUGGAAAUGCCUUUGGUGUAAGACCAUGGUCCACACCGCCUGCAAAGAUUUGUACCAUCCCGUCUGUCCCCUCGGCCAGUGUAAAGUAUCUGUCAUCCCUCCGAUUGCACUAAACAGCACAGAUUCUGAUGGUUUCUGUCGAGCAACCUUUUCGUUCUGUGUCAGCCCUCUCUUGGUGUUCGUCAAUUCUAAGAGUGGAGAUAACCAGGGAGUAAAGUUCCUUCGUCGCUUUAAACAGCUGCUCAACCCCGCUCAGGUGUUUGACUUAAUGAACGGAGGGCCUCACUUAGGCUUAAGGUUAUUUCAGAAGUUUGACAACUUCCGGAUUCUUGUCUGUGGAGGAGAUGGAAGUGUAGGCUGGGUUUUGUCAGAGAUCGAUAAACUGAACUUGAACAAACAGUGCCAGCUUGGGGUCUUGCCUUUGGGUACAGGCAAUGACCUCGCUCGAGUUCUUGGCUGGGGUGGUUCCUAUGAUGAUGAUACCCAACUUCCUCAGAUACUAGAGAAGCUGGAAAGAGCCAGUACCAAAAUGUUGGACAGGUGGAGUAUAAUGACGUACGAACUCAAAUUGCCAGCGAAGACGUCUCUGCUUCCUGAACCCACAGAAGCAUCUGAAGGAUUUUUUAUGACGAUAUAUGAAGAUUCGGUUGCCAAUCACCUUUCGAAAAUCCUCAAUUCUGACGAACACGCAGUGGUCAUAUCGUCUGCCAAGGUCCUCUGUGAAACCGUGAGGGACUUCGUUGCCAAAGUGGAGAAGGCACAGGACAAAACACUGGAAAAUACAGUAGUAGCCGAAGCCGUGGCCAGUAAAUGCUCAGUCCUAAAUGAGAAGCUCGAACAGCUGCUACAAGCCCUGCACGCAGAUGCUCAGGCCAGUCGGGUGCCCCCAGGGGUCGGCCCUGCAAUCCCCGAGGAGGAUGCCCUGGAGUCCUCCAGUGAAGAGUCCUUGGGUGGAAGCAAGGACCAGCUCGUGAAUGACGUUGCCAAACCCUCCUCCCAGAAAGGCCUGAAACCCCAGGAAAUAAUGCUGCGUGCAAACAGUCUCAAGAAGGCAGUGAGGCAAGUCAUUGAAGAAGCUGGAAAAGUUAUGGAUGAGCAGACAGUUCACCCCUGUGAAGCAGUUAGUCAGUCUGGUGACUAUGACAGCACAGAAACGGAUGAAUCUAAAGAUGAUGACGCGAAGGAGUCGUCCGCAGCCAAAUCCUCAUCUCAGUCUCCUGAUGCCCAGGCAAGUCGUGGUCAUCUCCAAACUGAUUCUGCCGCCGGUUCAGCUGUGGCCACCACCAAAGAAAAUCUCCCUGUGCUCAACACCAGAAUUAUCUGCCCAGGUUUAAGAGCAGGACUCGCUGCCUCAAUUGCCGGGAGUUCCAUCAUCAACAAAGUGCUCCUGGCCAACAUCGACCCUUUUGGUGCCACACCGUUUAUUGACCCGGAUCUCGAUUCGCUAGACGGAUACUCAGAAAAAUGUGUCAUGAACAAUUACUUUGGGAUUGGAUUAGAUGCAAAAAUUUCAUUAGAAUUUAAUAAUAAGAGAGAAGAGCACCCUGAAAAAUGCAGAAGCCGAACUAAAAACUUGAUGUGGUACGGAGUUCUGGGGACCCGGGAGUUAUUACAGAGAUCAUACAAAAACCUGGAGCAGAGGGUCCAGCUUGAGUGUGAUGGGCAGUACAUUCCUCUACCCAGCUUACAAGGCAUAGCGGUGCUGAACAUCCCUAGCUACGCAGGAGGCACCAACUUCUGGGGCGGCACCAAAGAGGAUGAUAUAUUUGCUGCGCCAUCAUUCGAUGACAAGAUUCUGGAAGUCGUUGCUGUGUUUGACAGUGUGCAAAUGGCAGUAUCAAGAGUCAUCAAACUGCAGCAUCACCGGAUAGCACAGUGCCGUACAGUGAAAAUCACCAUAUUUGGUGACGAGGGAGUCCCUGUGCAGGUGGAUGGCGAAGCGUGGGUGCAGCCUCCAGGGAUCAUCAAGAUCGUGCACAAAAACAGAGCCCAGAUGCUAACGAGAGACAGAGCCUUUGAAAGCACUCUGAAGUCUUGGGAAGACAAGCAGAAGUGUGACGCCAGCAAGCCCGUUCUCCGAACCAACCUGUACAUCCAUCCCACGGCCGACCUGGCGACGGAAGAAGUGUCGCAGAUGCGGCUCUGCUCCCAGGCCGCAGAGGAGCUCAUUACUAGGAUUUGUGAUGCAGCCACGAUUCACUGUUUGCUGGAGCAGGAACUGGCUCAUGCAGUAAAUGCCUGCUCGCAUGCCCUAAACAAAGCCAACCCACGCUUCCCGGAGAGCCUUACGAGAGAUACUGCCACUGAAAUAGCCAUCAAUGUCAAGGCCCUAUAUAAUGAAACAGAGUCUUUGCUCGUUGGCCGGGUUCCUUUGAACAAAUGUGAAAAACCAUCUAAUCAGUUUCCUUAUACUAAAAGGAAAAUGCAGUUGGAAUCUCCCCACGAAGAGCUGGUAUCCAGUGCCUUACACUCUGUGGAGGUGGAGCUGCAGAAGUUAACAGAGAUCCCCUGGCUUUAUUACAUCCUCCGCCCCAAUGAGGAUGAGGAACCUCCAAUGGAUUGCACCAAAAGAAACAGCAAAAGCACAGUCUUUCGCAUCGUGCCAAAGUUUAAAAAGGAAAAGGCUCAGAAACAGAAAACAAGUUCACAGCCUGUUCAGAAUUGGGGCACAGAGGAAGUUGCUGCUUGGCUGGAUCUGCUCAAUUUGGGAGAGUACAAAGAAAUCUUCAUCCGUCAUGACAUCAGAGGGGCUGAACUUUUGCAUCUGGAAAGACGAGAUCUUAAGGACCUGGGGAUCCCGAAAGUGGGUCACAUGAAGCGAAUUCUCCAGGGAAUUAAAGAGCUUGAGAGAAACCCUCCCAAUUUGCUCUGAGGUGUGGUUGCACCGGUGCUAUUUCCUGGAAGAGAAGUCCUGGGAACUCAAUACAGAGUUCUUGAAAGCCACUGCUGUUUUAGUGAUUUCCUGGUAGAUACGCACCACUGAAGCACCUCUCUGGAUUGGAGUUUUGCUGUGGGUGAAAGUUUGGAUUUGAGGUAUUAGAAAAUCAUUUUUUUGUGCCAAAAACAAGCAAGCAAACAAUCCAACCCAUUCCACGAAGCCAUUUUCUUACUGUGCAAACCUGACAUGCUAGAAAAUGCUUGCAGUAGGGAGAAGCGGGGGAAUGGUUGGAGGCAGUUUCCUAGUCUGAAAGGUGGAAUUCUCACUCGCCGAUCCUCCACUCUCCCUAGAGCAGGACUGGCAGGAGGCUCUUCCGCGCACGCGUAGCUGUGUCAACAGCAUGCAGCCGAACCGUCUCAGGCUUCCUCAGUGAGGGCCUUGGCUCCCGCCUAGACACCACUGGUUAGGAGAUGAAGAUGGGAAUUGUAUUUUGAGUGUUUUCACCCUAAGUUCCCAGUAUCCACUGGUCAAAGAGUAUGGUGGGACCAACCCAUCACAUACUAUGAAUGACGCGAAUCUAAUGCACGAUGCUCCUGCCUGAGUUGUCUUUCUUUUUCUUGCAUGUCAUGUAUAUUACUGUAGUACUUCAGUAGCUGUAAUGUCUGUUAUAAUGGAAUUUAAUUUAUUACCACCUGACUACUCAAGCACUUUUUGGUUGGUUAAGGGCACUUUUGUCCAUUGUGGACUUUGGAGAGAAUAUCCCACUCUGUGAACGUUCAUCUGGGCCAUGAUCAACAAAUGAUGUACAUCUUAUGCAGACCAAAUUGAUUUGCCUCUCCCAAACCAUAGGUGUGCGCAUUCAGAGAAUUGUUGGGCAUUUUCCUAAGCUUUACACCUUCUGUUGCCUCACAAAACUUAAAUUGCAACUUUCCAAGCCUCACAUUUUGUCCCCAUUUCUUUUUCAUUUCAAUUUUAUAACCAUUUUGAGUUUCUGUUUGAAUUGGUAAAACUGUUGGCAUGGAGGAGUUGUCCAUGGUCUCAGCUGAGAUUUGCACCCUGAGUUGUCUGGACUAGCUGAAGCAAUUACUGACAUGAGGAAAUGUAAUGGAAGAUUUUAAUAUUGUUUCUUAAGGGCUUUUGUAUUACUAUCUCACACAAAUUUUGAUAGUCUAUCUUGUAGAUAUCAUUUCCCUUUUAAAGAAACCAUUAUAUGUCAGUGUUGCUCAGUAGAAUUACCAAGUAUUUGAAAGCCAAAGGUAUAUAUGUCAAAAAAAAAAGUAAAAAAAAUCUUUUUAAGUGUUUUCUGGUCAUUAUAUGCCAAAAAUUAAUUGGAAUAUUUGCAAGUUCUGUAUAUAAGAGCAGCAAGCAGGUUGCUGGUCCAGCAGAGACUGUUUUGAUAAAGUAAUUUGCUAGGUGCUUAGUAGAUAAACUUACCCACACAUGUGCUCACAUACCUGCCCAUACACCCUUACCUGCAUAUAUACACUUUACAUCGUGUCUUGAGAUACAGUAUCCCUGGUAUUUUCUAGACAAAUAUUUGCUCAAUGUUUGACAUUUCAUUUUUAUUUCUAGCUUGGCUAUUUACUAGUAAAAAAAAAAUCACAAAAUUUAGAUACCUUAAACAGAGCAAAACCAAAAAAAUCAACAGACAAUCUCGAUGGGUUCCUGACCAUAUAAGUAUGUCUGACUAUAUAUUUUUUACCUAAAUUGUGCACAAUGGAAAUUUUCCAAAGAUAAUUCAUAUCAAGGCUUUUGAGCUGAUAAUAGGCCAACCACUUAGUAAUUUUAAUGUUAUGCACACCUGGGAAGUUGAACGAGCCCUUUGCAAUCCCUUUUGUAUACCCCUUGGUGAGAACCCUGCCAACACUUUCUGUGAAACCAGAUUAUCGGAGGCCAGAUUCACAGAACUCUCCCCAGAUCAUUGCUCAGGAGAAAGGGCUAGGGUUGAGGCUGGGGCUCCACCAUAAGGAGUGUAUUACUAUAAAAAUUACUAUCGAGUUUUCACCUUCCCCCAAAUACAUCUUUGUCAACAGAAAAAAAAACAAUGUUCUAUUGACUACUUCCCUAGGGGCGGGCAGUGAUGGGCUUUGCUUUUGUUUGAUAAUCUUUACAGUUCCUGACAACACCUUUUAUGUAUUCUGUAGAAUCCCAACUCAUGGAAACUUUAAGUAGAAUGGCUUUGGGAUGAUGGAAAUCCUUUAAGAUGACAGCUUGGACCAGCGGUUUGUUCCCAUGUGAACGUUUUUCUCUGUAAUCCAUGUCCGCAGGUGUCAGGGCUGGGCUCCAGUAAGUGCUGAGCCAUCCUAAGUAGGGUUUCCAAAACAGGACUGUGGGGAUUGCCUCUCGCUAAGAUCCAGUCACAUCUGGGAAUAGAGAGGACCGUGCCUUUGAUCCUUGCUGAAGUGGAGAGAGACUAGAUGCUCACCUGUGCACCUGUCUGUAGCUUGCUCUUGUCUCCAAAUUAUUUACGGUUCAUUUGUUGCCCCCCACUCCCACCCCAAAGGAAAGGAACAGAGUCAGGUUUAAGUAAAACUCCGGGUGACUGGAGUGACUCAUCCACGUCCACCCAAAUUCUCAUUGCCUCCUGCUCCCCUUUCUUCAGUGAAACCUUUCACCUCCCUGAUUCAUUUUUUUCAAUGUCAUGAAUCAUUUAGUAAAAUGUUGGGGCCAAUUAAAUAAGUUUUCAGUUUGCUAGGUAAUCGAACUGAAUUGAUGGGUUAGGGCAUUUAGAAACAUACUGCUGUGGUUGAGGAGAGACAAACUGUGGGUGUUCAGAUCUGUGCUGUCUGGUAUUUCAGCCGCUGGAUGCCUGUGGCUAUUAAAUGUGUUUAUUCUUACUAGAAACUUCAUCUUUUAAUUGUACCACCCACAUUUUGAGGGCCCUGUAAACAUAGAUGCAAAAACAUUUCCACCAUGGCAAAAAUACUCCAUUUGACAGCAGUGGACUAGGUCCCUGGGUCAUCAGCAUUAAUGUUAUUUGGGAGCUUACAAAAACUGCAGAAGCUUGAAGCGAACAGGAUGGUUCAGCAGGUCUAGCAUCAAGUUUGAUACCAGAUGCCACAUAAAAGUGGGAGAAGAAAACCACUUAGAGACUUGUCCUCUGGCCUCAGUAUGCCCACCAUAGCAUGCUCACCCACCUAUGCCAUCCAUACACACACAAUAACAAAUGAAUGAAUUUCUGAAUGCAGAACCUCAGGUCCAGUCCAGAUCUCUGCUGAACCCAGAUCUUCCUUUUAGUCCUAUUUCUCCAGCCCCUAGAGACUUUCAGCUGCCACCCACCCACCCAUCCACAGUUGUUCAGUUUGUUAUGCAUGUGAUAUGCUCAGUUGGCUCAUGACUUAAUUCACACUGAACGUUCCAGAAGAAUAUGUACUGAGAUAAAGAUUAGGCAGUCUCCUUCAACUUGCACAUUUUCGUUUUCUUGUAUCAGUAGAUUAUCCUGUUGACAGAGUUCAUGCUUGGAGACACGAAGCAGCCCACAAAUAUUAGAUGAAUCACUGGGUAUGCAAAAGAAGAAAGAGAGAGAGAGAGAGAAUAAAAAAUGAUCACAAGGAAAGUGAAUGCCAUUUAGACUCUGAAAGCAGGCCUAUUUUGCUAGAUUUGGGUCCCUUUGUCAUAUGCUGACUCCUCUGGAUUUUUACAUGGUUCUUGAUCCCUUAAAAAUAAGUCCUGAAAAACAAUAUGUUCUUGGCCUCCAAAUUCAAAUUGUUAACUCUAUAAUGAGAUUUCUUUUUCCCAGUGAUCUAUUGUCAGGAAUCUGUCCGUUAAUUAUUUUUAUAUUUUGAUAUAAAUUACCCAAACAUAGCUUCCUAACUACUUUGAUAUAUAAGAUCUUACUCUUUUUGACUCCAUGGGUUAUUUUGACAUGAAUUGACAAGCUACGAAUUGAAACGUAUAGGUGGUCCCUCUGCAUAGACUUUGCAGAGUAAAUCUUUUACCACUCCAACUGACAGGGUGAACUUCCAUUUUUCAAGGGCCAAUUCUUUGGAUCUAUCAGUUUUGAUUAAGCUGUAAAAUCAAUUCCCUUUUCACCUCUGACUUCUAGUGUCUCUCAGUGGACACAUUCUCUGUAGUGUUAGGUUUUCAAACACCCACCUCUCCCCAGUACAGGUGUUGAGCAGGGGAGGAAUUGGAAAUGAAGCAUCCUCAGUGGCUUCCACAACUUGGCUGCUGGGCCUCCCCAAGAGUCGUGACCCCUCCCCUAGUUUGUUGUUGCUGUGGUAUCCUCAGUUGACUUUUGUAUCACAAUCUCUGUCUUAUUGGUACCUUAGCAACAGGAUCCCUUCACAAAGAUGUAACUAGGACUCUUGGAGAGUGAUAAUUGUUGUUGUUUUGUAAUAAGCAAAGCCUUGCUUUUCUUUAUUAUUAUUAUUUUCCCUGGUUUGGUUUAGAGAUGUUUAUGUUAGAAGAAAAUAUAUAAAGGUUUGUUGAUAGAAAAAACAGAGAGCUAAAAACAGCUGGACUGUACCUGCCUUUUUCUAUACUUGUCUCUGUUAUUUUCAGGUAAAGAAAUUAAACAGAGUAGCUAAGACUGUAUUAACUCAAUAACCAUGCUUAAGAUAGACUCCACAUUAUAUAUUAUAGGUGAACAGCUUACUUCCUUUUAUGUAAUUUAAGAUAUUGUAUUUACAUUAUUUAAUAUACUCAGUUUUUUUUGCACUUCCAAGUUUUAGUUGGAAAACAAAAAGCGAGCCACAGCUUUAAACUUUUUUUUUUUAAAAAAAAUCCAUGUAAAAAUAUUUCCUUUCAGCUACAAGUUACACAUUGUGUAAGACUUUGUGACUAGUCUGGGUAUUUCAUACUGUCUAGAUUUCAAGAGUAGAUUAGCCAGCCGAACACAGGGUUACUUAUAAAAUGCAUUAAAAUAAGGACAUUUCAUACUCAACUGAUGUUCUCAAGGUAGGAUAAUGCAAUUGAAUAUGUAAGCCAACAAGGAAAGCGAAUGUGGUUUAUGACCCUUACUAUUGGAUUGCACUGUGGUUCCGCACAGCUCAGCCCUUUCCACGACUACAUUCUGAGUAUUCAACACAUGUGCAGCCGAGGGCUGCUUACAGUGCUGGUAAGUGCUACCUGGGGAUGCGGAAGACUUGGGUAGAAUAGCACACCCAGUUUUGUGAGUUAUAUAUUGUAUACUGAAGAUGACUAAUACAUUCGAGUAAUAUAUUUAUUAUCUAGAGCUGGUAAAUAUGGAAAUUAUUUUCAAGCCUUCAAGGAAAUUGCAUUGGCUUUUCUCUAUCAACAAGAUAAAAGUCACUCGUAUGUUUAAACCUAUUUGUACAACAGCUGUCUCCUUUACUGGUAUUAUUAAUUUUCAUAUUACAAUUUUUCUUACCUUUUUAUACCAAAAGGAUUAUCAUGCUGGUUAUUCAAACUUGCCAAGAUGUAUUUGAGUUUGCAAGCCUUUUAGCAGAUAAAAUAUUUAAUAACAAACAGAUAUAAAAGCUUUGUAUAUUUUGUGGCUUUAGGGGCAAGAACUGUACCUUUGAAUUUCUCUCUGUGAGACGGUGCUGACGUCAGCACCGUCCCUUGAAGGCAGUAUUACUUAGAACCAGUUGUAUAAAUCAGUGCCCUUAUUUAUUCUGUUGUGAAAUAUACUCUUUAUACAGAAUGCGUAUUUGAACUCCUUUUGUUUUACUGCUGUUGCCUGGAGUGUAAUAGCUCUGUUGACGGUUGACUUAUAUACUUGAAAUGCUCUUUUCUGUCAAACAGAUGCCCAGUGUUUUCCUUCCUAAAAACAAAACAGAAAAAAAAAAUCCAAAAUACAAAAUUCUAUUUUAUUUCCUGUCUUAGGUAACUGAAUAGUCAUAGAAACUUUUUUCUAUAAAAUGAUUUUUAUAUCUAAAAACACAGAAAGCACGAGGAUGAAUAGUGUCGUCCAGAGAUCUGCCUUGCUAUAUUUUGCCCCUUGUAUGUUAGGACUUCAGUCUGUAACUCUUUCCUUCUGGGGAUUUUUAGCUUUGUGGCGAAGACAUUGUCUUUGAUUGCUUGAUUGCACUGGCCAAUUCCGACAAGCACUGAAUCUUGAAUCCUCCCAAAGAUCUCAGACCUCUGUUGUCUAAACCUCAAUUCUAAAGGCUAUGCUUGACAUCUGUUUCUGUGUGAUUGGGGGCCCUGUUGCAAAUGGUACCCACGGUGUUUGCUUACUUCUGCCAAGUAAUCAGCAAGUUAAACCCAGUUUUUCCUGAUCUUCAUUUGGAGACAUUCUUGACUCAACUAUUUAAAAACCCAACCAUUUAGAAGGCAGUUGCCCAGUAUUGUUGUCAGGGAAGGAACAAAACUCCAACUGAACGUUGUAAAGCUAAGAAAACACUUUAAUCCACCUGGUUUCUCUGAUGUGAACAGCAGGUGAGUUGUGGGUUAUUUAAGCCUCUUAGGAAGUUAAGAAUUAGCUUCCUUUUAGUGACAGAGGUUUAUGUUACACUGUUGUAGAUGUGCUUAUUGAGGAAGAAUAAAUGAUACUAUGUUAGAUGCAUAGCUGACCCAGGAACUUGGGGCAGUGUGGCAUGGCCUAGGAACAAAGAGUUUGAAUGUAUCUUUCAUGUUGUAUUGUGGAAGGACAGAGCACACACAAAAUACAUGACCUGGUGGGCAGUGCACCUCAGAAAGCUCCAACUCCAUCGGUCAGGGCUGAGGUCCUUCCUAGAGUUAGUUAGCUCUCCAGGAAGCCUGUUUACUGCAAAACCUUACAGGUCAAUUAAGGAGGCGGUUUGGGUGACCUAAUCCCUAUGACAUUUAGAACAGCCCCUGCAAUUGUUUAUUUCACGUGGUAGAGACGUCUGUGCUUUCUCAACUCAGCAGUAGGCAGCGGGGAACUCAUCACAGGGACUUAGAUGACUCCUGUGAAGGACAUGGUGAAGGUGACUCAAUCCGUAACUUGAAGACAAAGAAAUUUUCAUGGAUUAGCUGAGCCUUGAAGUGUGUUAGCUCUGAUACUUUUUCCUUAAGAUUUGUUGUUUUUUAUUUAUAGUAUUUAUAGAGAACUCACCUCUUGGAACCUGAAGAGGUUCAUUCAGUUCCACCCUGUCAUAUUUUUUACACCCAAUAUAUUUUGAUGUCUGGGGUUCCCCGUUUGAAGGGUUGCCCAACACAGCCAGUUACAAUUAAUCAUUUUUCCACUCUGAGAAAGGACAGAUAUCAGCCUGAGUCCUACCUUGAUUUACGAUUUCUUUCCCAGUGUCAUUUUAGUUCUAACAGAGAAAGAAAUCUAGUGACCCUUGCCAUUCCAUCUAGAAGUGGAGGUAAAGAGCCUGGGGCCCCGCAGGAGAGUACUUGGUCUGCACUGUUGAAGCCUCCAUGGGUUCAGUCCCCACAUGGCAAGAGCAGAAAGAACAAGAUGCAGGCGAGGCUGAAUGAGUAACCAGAGUAGGUCAUGGGUCUUUUAAUCUAUAUAUUAUUCAUUUCAGCUGGAAACUCAUCCUGAACUCUUCAGUUAAGGUGGUCUCAGGUUUUCCAUGUUCGUGUUAAAUGGCUCUUUUAUUGAGACUUUUUUGACUAAUGUUUUUGAAUUAUAUUUUUAUACAGUCACAAAUAAAAACUCAGAACUCCUUGAAAGGCUUGUUUGUGAGGACACAUGCCCUCUGAGCAGACAAACAGAACAUCAACAGGCAUAAGUAAUUGUUUUGUCAAGGAUCAUCAUUUUGUUAAUUACGUUUCUUUACGUCAGAAGUGUUUGCCAGAUCUAAAUUCUUGUUUCUGAAAGUGAAACAUAAAUUUCAACAUCAUUGCCAAAAUCUUGCUUGUCCUACAGAUUGUCUUUCUAUUCUGUACACUCAAUACUUAGAAUCUUCAUAGACAAAUACAUAUUGAUUUUGAGAUUUGGAAAAGAAUAAAAACAAUAGUAAAAGUGAAAUUUUUAAAACAGCAUCCACUCAAGAAGGCCUAGGUGAAAUUCGUGUGAUUCCAGGCCGUUUACUAUUAAUCAUGAUUGUACGACAAAUGUAGGAAGCUCUGCGGUUGUCAUUGCCCUUAGAAAGCAUGGAGACUAAAACAUUUGUUCUUACCCAUGGGCCUGUUCUCUAUGAUUGGCUGAAGCCAUCCCUACCACGUCCCUAGGUAAUGACAAGUGAGCACAGUGCUCUUUCAGUUAAAUUGCUUGAAUGGACACCGGUCAGUGCACAUAAUAAAAGUGGAGCACUCUCUUCCAGACACUGGUAAGCUUUCCCUACUGCUCUAACUUGGGCACUGACUUAGAUCCUAAUGAUGGAAAACUAAGACGUGACUUGUGUCUGGUAGAGUUUAAGUUUGUUCUCAAGGUGCUCUUCCUGAAGUCUGUUUAAAGAAACGAGUAGGAAUUUUUAAAAAUUUUCUCAGGCCGUUUCAGUUUCACCCCGCCGUCCUCCAAAAUCAACCAAAUGUACAUCAUCAAGAAGCAAUCCCAUUUUUAUUUCCACAAUCGCUAGAUUUUCAUGUUGGCCGUAGUUCCUGCCAUCACUGAUCAAGUGUGUGCUUCACUAACCCCAUACUUCGCUGCUUCUGCCACUACAGGGGCUGUGCUGAGCCCCAGCGUCUGCUCUAUGGAACCAGGGUAAAUCUAGGCUUUCUUCUGGGAAGGCAGAAAUCCAUGACAUUUAUAGCAAAAUACAUUGUAAACCCACAGGCAAGGAUGGAGGUCUCACAGUCGUGCUUCUAGGAGAUGGGAAAGCUUUGUUUGAAGCUACAGGUUGGUGUCAGCACCUUAGGUAUGGAGAGCAGGAAGCAGUGGCAUUUAACGGGUAACAUAUGUACUUCAGCAUAUAGUAAUAUCCUGAUGUUUGAAUGCCGCAAGGUGGCGACAUGUAGAUGAAACACAGCAAGUGUUUGAGUUAUGGCAGUGUCUUCUAAAUAUUUACUGAUGGGUAGGCUAUAGGUUUCCUUUAGUAGAAUGAAGAAAAAAUUGUCUUUAUCUUUCCUGUCAGUGAGAUUGGAGGGGGGGGGUCUCUGCUGGUUUGUAUUUUCUUAUUUCAGUAAGUAUAUAUUGAAGUCAUUAUUUUCUGUCAUAUAAAAUAUCAACCAUUUCUAUGUCCCUUAGCAAAAGAAAAGUCUCAACUUGAUAACUUUUUUUGCUUAGUUCAGCUUUGUAAACGGUCCACAAAAGGAGGGGUCAAGGAAGGCUGGGCACUGUGGCUUUGUACCCAGCACAAAUCACAACAUGUUUUCCUCCUGUUACCAUCACGGUAAGAGCCGAACAGCAUAGCUCCUUCUCCUUUCUCUAUUGCAAAAGUAGUUUUCGUUUGGCCUUGCCAUAUUUAUAGCUAAGGAUUUACUACAUUUUGGUAGUCUGUUUUGAAACUAAAUAUCUUGUAUCUGAAAGACUCAGAUAAAGUCUGCCUAUUUCUUACACAGUGGGCUCUGUUUGCUCCAGAAAAGAGUGAAACUUUUACCUGCUUAGCACACUUGCCAUUGAGAUACCUGACAGAGCAGAGGUUAUAACUUUGGCUCUAAUUACUUUUAAUAAUGAUAAGACGUGACUUUUGUUUGUUUACAUGCUGUUUACAAUGGCAUAAUUUUUAAAAAUCUAUAUGAGAAUUGAGAUAUUUAUUGCAUACUAUUUUAAAGAUGUUUUCAUGUGUUUUCACCUUUGGAAUAUAUUGUUACAUUUCCUUGUACAGAUAAUUCGGGUGGCUUUGUUAAUGUAGCUAAUAAUUUUUAUGACUACUAAGUGACCAGUUUCGGUGCCUUCUGUCGUGGGAUGCAUGGCUGUGUAUUUAUUGUAAGGAAGCCACUGAUGUGUGUAUUUUUGUACUUUGCUGAGAGUAAUGGUUGAUGUACAUGAUGAGAGAUGUCUUUCCCAAAGGGCACUGCCUUCAGAGUGACCUUCUCAAAUAAAAAAGACUGCGUUUGAAGGU